CAGCUGGCAACAUUGUGUCACACAUUUCAGGAUAAUGGCUGCUGCUUGAGCGCUCGAAGAGCUUAGUCGCUUCACAAGAGGAAUUUUUGAACUACCAGCGUUUCUUUUAACGUAUUUUUAUGUCCGUGAAGCAGCAUGCAAGCAUUGCAGCAAGGAUUGCUUUUAUGCUGGAAGCGACUCAGUUUGUGAGGUCCUGGAAUCAUCUUCACACGCCUCUCCUCUGAAAUGGGCGAGGAGGCCAACACUGGUUUCGAUGCCCACAUGAGCCUGGCUGUAGUGCCCAGCGGGCAGAAGAAUGCAUCAUUGUAGCCACCACCUUGGCAACUGUGCCCACUCAUGGCCUUAUAUAACGUGCAUACUCCACAUAUCAUUGGAAAAGGGUGAAAUGGAGAAAAGGGUACCCCCAUCCCAUAGUCAUGACGGUUUGUCCCAGGGACAGAAUAGCAGGGAUGCAACAGAUCUAUCUUCAGUUGCUGGUGAUGUUAAUGAGGUGUUCGAGAAUGAUACUGAAAAGGCAGUGGUUGUGGAAAUGGACUUCCAGUCCCCAGGAGAAGUGGUGCAGGUAUGGCGGGAUGACCACCAAAGCAUAUCAGAAAAGGACAGACAAGACUUCACGGAUGUAUCAUUAGAAGGCAUUGGAAGGGGCGUUGGAUCUUCUAAUUUGGAAGGAGCGCCACAAGGUAGCAAUAAGCAAAGUGAAGACUGUGCAGAGAGCAAGCUACAUCUCAGUGUUUACAUGGCAUGUGUCUCUCUUGACUCUUGCAAAGUUUCUAAGGGGCGUUCGCACCUGGAGGGACCAUGCUGCUGUGAAACUUGUGAUAGAGCGGUGGCCUUGUCGGGUACUAGCCCCAACCACCAACGAAAGAGUGGAUCUGCAAAAGGCAUCAAAUCACACCGAUCCUUUAGUGAACCUUCGUCAAGUUACACCUUGGUUGUGAAGCCCAGAGCACUAAGGCCCCUUGUGAAUUGUGAUGCUGUGGUGCGCUACCCGGGAAGCUUUGAGACGUUGCAUUCACCUAGUGCUGCCCAGGAAACAUCAGGCAUUCCCUGGCGUCCGGGAAGCACCCCAUCUCAUCCAGUGGCAGUUGGAGAGGAAGAGACAAUUUGCCUGCCAUAUAGCAGUCCAAACAGCCCAAUACCAUUUACAUUAACUGUCAACAACAAUAAACCUCCCAGAGAGAAGGCAGCAAGCCGUAGUGACGAGGAAGAGGGACCCGCAGAAACAGACUGUGCAACAUGCAGGAGGUGUCAGUCGGCUGGUAUGGAGACAAGUUGGAAGAAGUCAAAGAAGGGGCUUGCGAAGGCGGAGAGGAUAGCUCAGAGACGAAGGAGCGAUGCUUACAGCAGUGGAAAGCAUGACCGAGAACACGUGACCACAAGGUGCAUGUCUGAAGAGCUGAGGAAAACAGAACCACACUGUUUGGAGAAAGAAAAAGUUGUGAGAAAUGGAGGUCGAAGCCCAAACUCCAAGCAGUCCCUCCGUUACACGCUUGGUUCAUGUCUGGGAUCACGCAGCCACACAAACAAGAGAGAUGCUGCAUCGCGCCAAAAGCGUCGGUUCUCAUUUAGUUUGCCAGGUGCACUCGUUAAUCUCUUCAGAAAGGGAUGUCCACCCACUCUCCGGAGCACAUCUAGUCAGACUGAUCCCUGUCCCCUUGAAGACAUUGCGAGUAACAGUAGAAUAGUGACACCCUGCCGUAGUCCAUAUGUUGUUAGGGCUCUCCCGCCAUUACCCAAUGAAGCAUGUGUGCCGUGUGGACAGUUGGGGGCAGCCGACAACAUUAGCGGCACUUCUGACGACUCGGACAGAAAAAGCAUGGACUAUGCAGCUAGCAUCGAGAAAGUGAAAGACUGUGGCUGGUACUGGGGGCCAGUGAGUGGAGAGACAGCAGAACGUCUCCUUGCCAAUGAGCCAGACGGAUCAUUUAUAGUGAGAGACAGCUCUGACGAGCACUACAUCUUCAGCUUGACCUUCAAACUGAAUGGCCUUGUGCGGCACGUCAGAAUCGAACAUGACCAAGGCAACUUCAGCUUUGGCUGCCUCCAGAAAUUCCACAGUAACACCAUAGUGGACUUCAUUGAAAACGCAGUGGAGCACUCGCGUAGUGGAAGGUACCUAUUUUUUCUACACAGAAGACCCGUCCUUGGCCCAAUGAGAGUACAGCUUCUCCAUCCAGUGUCUAGGUUCAAGCAGGUUCAGUCACUACAACAUCUUUGCAGGUUUUCAAUCUUAAAGACGAUUCGAAGAGAUUUCAUCGAUUCUCUCCCGCUGCCUGUUCGCUUAAAAGCCUACCUGAAUACACCGCACUAUUACUCGGAGGAACUGGCAAACAUCUCUCGCAAGGGCCAUACCAUUCAUACCGAUCUUUCUAGUCAGCGUCUGUCCUUUGAUGUUGAAGAACCUCACGUUGAUACUACAACCACUCACGAAAGUUGAUGAUUGUCGUGUUUCCUCAGUUGAGUGAACUUCCUUCCGUUUGAUUCUGCAGUAUUUGCAUUUUUCUUAGGUAAAAACCUGCUUGACUGUGAUUUGUAUGCUGAAUGUCUCGUGUAGUAUAAUAGGCACAAGAUAUUGUAUAAAGUUUGCAUCCUGUCAUACAGGCUUCUGUGAAAGCUAGGAGUGACUGCAUUUUUGUGUUUGGUCACAUGCUGCUUUAAAAUACUGGGGCUACACAAGCAGUAAUGAUAAGUGAUUGUUAUUCUAAGCAUUAAACUAAAGUAUAUGCUUCUAUGAUAGGUGCUGCAAUGGGCAGAAGGUGAUCUGUGCAGUGCGUACAGGAUAUGGCUACUGAGCAUUUUGUUGCCGCACUUUGAAUAGACGGAAAUAAUAAAUAUCGCUGUGCACUGUGAUCAUUUCGAUUUGAAUGCUGAAAAUUAAAAAGAGCCUCGUUUCAUUUUGAGAACAAGUGUUUUUAGUGUUCUACUCUGGAACAUUAUUUCCAGGAGGAACCACUCCACUAACUUACAGUCGUUUAGUAGACAAAAUCAACUGUACUGCUGUGUAAUGAAUUUAAGGGAAGCAACAAGGAAUAAUUGGAGAUUUUGUUGCUGAGGGAAGACAAUCUUUAUGUGUACGUGGUCGUCAUACAGUUGCCAAUGUCAUUUAGUACCACGUAAAUAUGUGGAGGUUGUCCUAGUUACAGCACCAUUUGCAAUUUUUCUUUCUCAUAAGUGCAAGGCAAAGAUAGUAUUAUGCUUGACCUGCAUAAACUGCAUGAACAUGGCAUUGUGCACAUGUACUGCAGUUCUUUUCAAGAACACACUGCAGGCAGUGUGUUCCCAGUAUUCAUGUUUUUUUGCUUUGAUUGAUGACUUUGAUUCAUGAAAAAUGCAUUGGCUAAACAGAAAAGGCUCGAAGAAAUUGUAAGCAGCAGUUUGUUGAUUACCACAUUGUUGCUGUGGGUUAAACCAAAGCGGCACACUAGCCUAGAGAUCAUCUUACUCAUGUGGGGGCCCGAGGUAGAGGAUGACAUGGGCCGAGACGCGCCCUUACAAAUUUCAGCAAACAAGCGUUUAUGAAAGUGUGUACUUGUUUAGAAACCUUCUCUACCUUUCCAGAAACAAAUUCAGCAGUAUUUGUGUGAGAGAAGAAACCAGAGUGGGAAAUGUCUUAAGCCUGAUGUGAAUGUGCUUUGUUUCUUCAGCUUUUGUCUCGAAGCAGGGUGAUGGAGCAGUAUGCAAUGUGAAACAGUGAUGUGAUACUUCUGUGAAUGUUUUGCGUUUUUUUUUUUUUUUAUUGCUGCAUUAACACGUUUUCAAAGUUCACUACUAUUUUGAGAACUUCAUAUCUCUUAUUAUUUUCUCAUAGCUUGGGCAUAUUUUCUCUAGCAUAUUUCUGGGCAAAAUGGCAGAACAUCACUCCCUUGUGAUGCCAAGAACGGCUCUCAUAGCUCAUUUUCGAAGAUCAUUGUCUAAGCUACUGAUCGUGAAAAGGUAUGUCCAAAGUACAUUGUAAAAUGUUGUGAAGCAAUUUAUUUUUAGCCAUUAGAAUGAAUCUACAUGCAGGUACUAUAUGCGACACACCUGACUGAAGUCUGGGAUCCUACUUUGCUGUCGUGUUGCAGACAAAUUUAAGUUCCCUUCAUACCAGAGAUGUAAAAAAACGACUUUUAUGAAAAAAAUUACAAGUCUUUAUUUGAUCCAACUCAUACCUUUGGCAGGUUCGUUUUUUUUUUAACCACAGGCAGCAGGCUUGUGAAAACUCGUAACGAAGAUACAUGGAAUAGAGGCUGCUAAUACAGUUGACAUAGAGCUGAACAGAUCUCUAAGAGAGACUCUUAGAUGACAAAGCAUAUAUCCAUUGCUCUUGAUAAACCCGAAGAGAUGUUCUUCUGUGUUGUGCUAGGAACAUUCGAAGGUCUGCUGUAACAAUAUGCCAGGAGUACAGUCAGAGGCUUUGCUAGGCUCUUGGCAGGCCGCAUUUCUAGCAGAUCUCGUACAGUCCAGAUAACCAAGUAAGCUUUUUUGGCACUGCAGCAGAAGAUUGUGGAAUGUCUUUCACACAUUGCUCUCUUCCUGUAGUGAUGUGAAAAACUAAAAUGAAACCUGUGUUAAUUGAGAAGGCCACAAAACUCUCCUUUCCAGUGCAGUGCAUGAUCAAAACACAGUUUAAAUUUUUGAAAGCAAAUGCACUUGCAUAGUUGACAUUCUACCACUAGUCAUAUGUACCUAAACUUCAUUUUUGUAACAUUAGCCUGGCGACCACCCAGCUCAUACCAGGAUAACUCAUCCCGAGACAGCCUGUACCGACCAACUCGUACUGGGACAACUGGUACCACCCUCAAAUCAUAGUGGGACAACUCGUACCAGGACGUCUCAUAUUAGGAUCACUCAUACCAGGACAACUAGUACCACCCUCAUAUCUUACUGGCACAACUGGUGCCAGACAUCUCAUAUUGGGAUCACUCAUACCAAACUCAACUCGUACUAGGACAACUAGUACCACCCUCAAAUCUUACUGGGACAACUGGUACCAGGACGUCUCAUAUUGGGAUCAGUCAUACCAAACUCAACUCAUACAAGGACAACCAAUACAGGGAUACUUGAACCAGGAAAGACCAUUGAUGAUCCAGAAAAGGUCUUAGUUAGACAGCGAUGGAAUCCUACUUUCUGAUGAUUAUCUAUUGGUGGUGAGAUGUAUCUUCGAGGAAGGAGCAGAGAUGACCAGUACAGGACUAUGGUAGUAAAUUUUCCUUGGAAGAAGCAAAGAAGAUUAAUUUUACUGUGUUGUGACAGCAGCAGUAAUAUGUGAAGGUUGGUUUUCAUUGAUAUAACACUUACAGUGUCGUUGGUACACAUUUUAUGCCAUGAAUGAGUGACCCCUGAUGAGGGUCCCGAAUUGCUGCGUAUUCCAGCUUUGGACUAAUGGGGGUUUUAUAUAUUGUUUGUUUCAGGUUUUGAGGGGAAGGAAGAAAUUAUGCGUAAGGUAGCCUAAGGUUUGACCAGUGUUAACAAUGUGCCCCAUAUGUGUUCACCACGAUGAGUUAGAUGAUUAUGCGAGCUAGCCUUUGAUUUGUAUAUACAGUGUGUCCCAUGAGAGGAUGUCACUCAAUUGCUAAAAAUAGGUUUCACUUCAGAAAAUUACUACUUGGAAUACACACACACACAGACUUUUGCCACAGAUUGACUUUGUUUGCAUUCCUGUAUCGCAUUAAGCAAGCUAAUUUCCAUGAUUAAACUGGAAAAAUUGCCAAGCAAAGGCAGCAUUUUUCUUCCUGAAUUCGGAAGCCUAUGGCCGUAACACACUAUUCCAACCAAAAUCACGAGGUUUUCAACCCCGAAGGGGUUCAUUAUUUUGCCUUAUUAUUCUUAUUAUGAAGGGGCCCAUUAUUUCAUUCCCCCACGUCACCAUCAGCAAUGGGGUAGAGUAUCGUCCCUGGCGAUGAAACUCCCCAUUCAUCAUCUUAAAAGUAAGGCUGUUGUUGUUGCUCUACAUAUAUUUGACUGCCGCAAAUCAGUCGCUGGGCGAAGCGCGCUCGUUGAUACUUACGUUUGCGGAACUGUUGGCUCCGUCCAAAUACCCUCCCUCCCGUGCAAGAAGAAAAGAAACCCGCGACAAUCACACCUUUAUCAACGUGUCUGUCGUCAGUCGCCAGCCACUGAUAAUGACUGGUUGCGCGGCAAGGCCGUCGAUCGGAAUAAAACUGUGUAGCUCAUUUCCACUUCGCUGAGACAAAGGCGGAGCCAAGAGUUCCGCAGACGCAAAUUUCAUCGAGCAUACUUCGCCCAGCGACGGUUUUUCGUCUGUCAAAUUUAUGUAGAAACCUUGUGAACAAACACGUGAUUUUGAUUGGAAUAGUGUGUUACGGCCAUAGGCUUCAGAAUUCAGGAAGAAAAAUGCUGACUUUUCUUAGCAAUUUUUCGAGUUCAUUUAUGAAAAUUAGCUUAAUUAAUACUAAUAACAGCGUGACACAAAUACAAACAGCCUCAAUUUGUGGCUAAACUCUGUGUGUGUGUAUUCCAAAUAGUUUCAUAAUUUUCUGAAGUAAAACUUUUUUUUUAAAUUGAGUGACAUCCUAUCGUGGUAUGCCCUGUAUGUAUGGUAAUCUGUGCUUGUAUAGUGAAGUAUUGUUGCCUCACGUCUGUUUAUUGUAGUUCAAUUGCAGUUCAGUUUGUUACAGUAGUUUGUUGUAGCUUGUUAAUGUAUUCACAUUUGUUGCAGUGCGUCUUAAAAAUUAUUUAAUGUACUUCGAGACAAUGUUGUUUGUAUGAAUGUUCUCCGCUAUGGGUCACAUCCUACAAUUGUUACAAGUAAUGCACGAAAAAGCCAAUGAAUGCCAGCACCCCAGGGUUGAACUCGGACCUUUCUGACCUGGCGCUGGCACUCAUUGCCAUUUUCGUGAUUUACUUGUUGACUUUGUCCCUUAGACUCUUGGAGGCCCUACAUGUUGUGUUAGUCCCUAGGUAGAGCUCGCCUCGGCUCAUUUGCCUGCUUAACAAUUGUUUGAUUUAAUGAACUGAUUGUUCCUGGUUUUGAUCUUCCCUGGUAUGAGCUGGCUUGGUACGAGUUGUCCCAAAAUGCAGUAUCCUGGUAGGAGUUGAGUGCGGUAUGAGUUUCCCGGUAUGGUGUUCACUGUGGUAUGAAUUAUCCUGGUGUGAGUUGUCUUGGUAUGAGCUGGGGGUAGAGCCAUAUAUUUCUUUGUCUCUGCAUUGUCAAAAUGUCUACUUUUAAAAUAUUUGUGAGCCUGUGCCACAGCUUCAGUUGUUGUCAUUUUUUAAUUAGACAAACUAUUUUGGGGGCCAGUUAAAUUAUUCUGAAAAAUGGUUAUUUAAGUCCACCCUGCUUCAUACCUUCAUAACUCACGCCAUUGUAAGAGAAGGCUCGGACCUCUGUGUCAAAUGUUGUUAAUAUUCAGGAAGAUGUGAUGACAGAUUUCUGGCAUGUGUGUCGCAAGUGGUAAAUCCUACAUCAUUCAGCCACUAUCGUAUCUGUCCACUAGACCCAUCAAACACAGUACAGCUUGCAGCAAUGUGACGUGAAUCACAACUUCAUGAUGCUCAUUGCUCGUACUCGAACAGUUAACACUCACUUGAUCUGUUUUGCCAUAUAGCUGAAAGCUGUUGACUGUCUUUUGUCACAAAGGUAAUGCACAGAGGGAACAAUCUGUAUCCAUAAGAUGUAUACCUUUUUGUAUUUUGGGAACUAUGUCACGUUUGAUAUGCUGCAAUGAUAGCUUGGAGGAUGGUUCUGUACUUCAGACAGGUACCCAGUGAACACUGUUUUUUAAUAUGGUUCCAUUGUCUUUCCUGUAGUGUCACAGUAAAAUGCUUCUUAAAUGCUUA